AUUCUGCACUUCAAAAGAAGAUGUUUCCUCCUGUGCAGUGAACAGUGGGGACCAGGGCAUUGGUGGCGACCAUUAGGUUGGGCAAGAGCUCUGAUGCUGGGAAGGAAAGAUUGGGAAACAUUUACUUGUGGUUGGCAAGGUGCUUCCUUUGGUGAGUGCAGGAAGAGGAGUAAGCUUUGCAGUCCUGUUUUCUGAAGUUUUUGUAGUGAUUUCUGUAGCAUACCUCUUGUUCUGUGGUUCUUCACAUGGAGCAGCCUAUCCCUUCAUCUCCAGCAGGAAGGUGCUACCUAAUGCACUGCUCUGUAAGUAAGGCAGUGGAAAUAAACAUUUAAUAGAGGAUGGAUACAGGGAAUUGCUGUUCACAGAGCCAUAGGAUGGCCUGAGAGUUGCAAAGGAGCACAGUGCUCAUCUGGUUCCAACCUCCUGCUAUGUGCAGGGUCACCAACCAGCAGCCCAGGCUGCCCAGAGCCACAUUCAGCCUGUUUUGGCUGAUAUCUGUGGCAUGGAGGGAAAGUAGCCUGUAGUUCAAUUUAUUGCAGAGUUUCUCCUUGCUGGGUACAGAAAGAAGAGCCCUGGGCUGAGGAGGUGCAGGUUGCCCUGUGCUGGAGGCAGCCCCAGCCUGCAGGGUGAGUGCUUUGUGCUUUUCCCAUAGGAAGCCUUCUGUUCCCUGUGACCUCCGUGUCCUCUGGCAGCACAAAGCACGUUAUUCUUCUCAUGGGAAUGCAAAUGGAGAAUAGGAACUUGUGUGAGAGCUGAUUGUGUAGCGUUUCUAUGAAGGAGGUUUGUGUCUUGGGCAAUGUUUCUUGCUUUCCCAUCUCUGAAGUCCUCAGAAGCGUUUGGUUCCUGGCCCUCUCUCUGCAGGAGAACUCACACAUCAGUGGUCAGAAUCGCUGCAGAGUGUGGAAAACGUGGAGUGUUCCCCUCUUUCUUAUCCCUUUGCUGAGACCAGGAUGCUUUGGGCUGGGAUGUGAGUGCUCCAGCAGCAGCUGCACUGCUCCUUCCACUGAAGGGACCAGAGGGUGACAGCAUCCAGCACUGCAGGGAGAGAGAUGGGGAGACCUGUGCAGGUGGAGCGCAGAUGGAAGCUCAGGCAAUAAACUCUUAUCACUGAUCAUCUCUCUGGCUUCAGGUGCUCUGCAGGAGUUCCUGCAGCUGUGUGUGUGUCCCUGGAGGACAUACAGGUGCUGCUGUGUGCAGGAGGUGGCACAGGGCUGGUAGAGGGCUUCUCCUCACUGGGUGCUGUUCUGUGGCUCAGGGUCUCACUGCACCCUGCAUCAGGUCUGUUUUCCCUUGUGUGCCAGAAGGCUCCUGAUGUGCUCUGGCUGCCUUUGUCUCAAGCAGCAUCAGUGCUGCUGUCUCCUCUUAUUUUGUGCAACUUUGAAGUUUAUAACUAAUGCCUCUGCAGAUGGAAGCUGCUUGGAAGUCCAUGCUGGAUUGAUGGAUCUGAUCUCCUGGAUGCCCAUCCUGCCUCUGUGUGCUUACAGAGCAGCUGUUGGUGGUCUGGUGGCAACAGCCCAGAGCAACCAGGAAGCUGUUCCAGUGCAGUGCUGGUAGCCAGAAUCGCUGUUGGGAAGCUGUGCAUGCGUGGUGUUUUUUGUUGCAGGAGGAUACAGUGCCUUGGAGGUGCUGCACAUGCUGGAUCUGCUUGGCUCCCUGAUGUGCCUGGGGAUGGCAGCUAGGUGACAGAGGUUGAGGAUGACCCUGACUGAAAAGCUGCGUGAGAGGAUAUCGCGGGCCUUCUACAACCACGGGCUGCUGUGUGCUUCCUACCCCAUCCCCAUCAUCCUCUUCACUGGCCUCUGCAUUUUGGCCUGCUGCUACCCGCUGCUCAAGCUGCCCUUACCUGGAACAGGACCUGUGGAGUUCAGCACCCCAGUGAAGGAUUACUUUCCACCCUCCCCAGAUGUGGGCUCACAGCAGGGAGAUCCCAGCGAGCGCCCUGACUGGUAUGUGGGUGCUCCAGUGGCCUACAUCCAGCAGAUCUUUGUGAAGGCCACUGUCUCCCCGUGGCAGAAGAACUUCCUUGCUGUGGACGUCUUUCGUUCGCCGCUGUCCCGCGUCUUCCAGCUGGUGGAAGAGAUUCGGAACCAUGCCCUGAGAGACAGCUCUGGUGUCAAAAGCCUGGAGGAGGUUUGCCUUCAGGUAACAGACCUUCUUCCUGGCCUCAAGAAGCUGCACAAUCUGCUCCCUGAACACGGCUGUUUGCUGCUGUCUCCAGGGAACUUCUGGCAGAAUGAUCGAGAGCGAUUCAAUGCUGACCCAGACAUCAUCAAAACCAUCCACCAGCAUGAACCAAAGACUCUGCAGACGUCAGCUACUCUCAAAGAUCUGUUGUUUGGACUCCCUGGGAAAUACAGUGGGGUGAACCUGUACAACAGGAGGCGAGUGGUGUCAUACACUGUCACACUGGGUCUCCAGCAGUAUGACUCCAGGUUCCUCAGCAGCCUCCGUUCUCGCCUCAAGCUGCUGCAUCCCAGUCCAAACUGCACGCUGCGGGAGGACAGCAUCGUUCACGUGCACUUCAAGGAGGAGAUUGGCAUUGCUGAGCUCAUCCCCCUCGUCACCACCUACAUUAUACUCUUCGCUUACAUCUACUUCUCCACACGGAAGAUCGACAUGGUGAAAUCAAAGUGGGGUCUGGCCCUGGCAGCUGUCGUGACAGUGCUCAGCUCCCUGCUGAUGUCAGUUGGGCUGUGCACACUGUUUGGUUUGACACCCACUCUUAAUGGAGGAGAGAUAUUUCCAUACUUGGUUGUUGUCAUUGGCCUGGAGAACGUGUUGGUCCUCACCAAGUCUGUUGUCUCUACGCCCGUUGACCUGGAAGUGAAGCUCCGCAUCGCCCAAGGUUUGAGCAAUGAGAGCUGGUCAAUUAUGAAGAAUAUGGCCACAGAGCUUGGGAUCAUCCUGAUCGGGUAUUUCACCCUUGUCCCAGCCAUCCAGGAGUUCUGCCUCUUCGCUGUGGUCGGCCUGGUGUCUGACUUCUUUCUGCAGAUGCUCUUCUUCACCACGGUGCUGUCCAUCGACAUUCGCCGCAUGGAGCUCGCCGACCUGAACAAACGGUUGCCAGCGGAGGCCUGCCUGCCCCCAGCAAAGCCUGCCGGCCGCUCGCAGCGCUACGAGAGGCAGCCAGCCAUGCGACCUGCAACCCCGCACACCAUCACCCUGCAGCCGUCGUCCUUCAGGAACCUGCGCCUGCCCAAGAGGCUGAGGGUCAUCUACUUCUUUGCCAGGACCCGCCUGGCCCAGAGACUCAUCAUGGCUGGGACAGUGAUCUGGAUUGGAAUCCUGGUUUAUACGGAUCCUGCCGGUCUCCGCACCUACCUCACGUCACAGGUCACUGAGCAGAGCCCUCUGGGUGAAGCAGGCCUGCCUCCUAUGCCCGUUCCUGGAGGGGUCCUUCCUGCUGGAGACCCCAAGAUUGAUCUCUCGGUCUUCCCAUCGGACCCCAUACAGCUGUCAGAGAACCAAACCCAGCAGCGCGAGCAGCAGGUGGGGUUGGAGACCCUGGGCAGGCUGGAGACAAACCAGCACACUUGGGCCCAAGGAUCAGAAGGCAAAGGGAACGGGCAAACGGAGCUGGGAACUGAAGCAGAGGUCACCUGGGGAGCAGAGGAUGAAGAGAUUUGGAGGAAGCUUUCCUUCAGACACUGGCCGUCCCUCUUCAGCUAUUACAACAUCACUCUGGCCAAGAGGUACAUCAGCAUCCUGCCAGCAAUCCCAGUCACGCUGUACCUGAACCCACAAGAGGCCUUGGAAGUGCGGCACCCCCAGGAGGCCAACCGCUACCAGCCCUUCUUGUCCUCCAGCAGUGGGAAGUUGAACGCUGAAGCUCAGCCCGACCAGACAUCAUCCAGGCUGCAAGGACACCGGGAUGUCACCCUUUACAAGGUGGCUGCUCUGGGCCUGGCUUCAGGCAUUCUCCUGGUCCUGCUGCUCUUCUGCCUCUACCGACUGUUGUGCCCCAAGAACUACGGGCAGAACGGGCUGUCGCACAGCAGGAGGAGGAGGGGGGACCUGCCCUGUGAUGACUAUGGUUACUCCCCACCCGAGACUGAAAUCGUCCCCCUGGUCCUCAGGGGUCACCUCAUGGACAUUGAAUGCCUGGCUAGUGAUGGGAUGCUGCUCGUCAGCUGCUGCCUGGUGGGGCAGAUCCGUGUGUGGGAUGCUCAGACUGGAGACUGCCUCACUGUCAUCCCCAAACCCAGGUUACGAAGAGACAGCAGUGGCAUUUUUGACUACCAGGAAAGCUGGGAUCACAGCCCGGAUGGCAAAAACGGUCUGGAUGACUCUUUUGAGGGCAGCCAUCAGCUGAAGAGGAUGCUGAGCCCUCCCCAGCCCCCCCUCUUCUGCGACCAACCAGACCUCACAUCCCUCAUCGACACCAACUUCUCGGAGCAGGUGAAGGUGGCUGAGUCAGAGCCGCGGCUCCGCGCCGUGGGGAGAAGCCAGAAGGAGGCCGGCUACGAUUUCAGCAGCCUGGUUGGGAAGGUGUACGAAGAGCACAGCACGUCCAACUGCAUCAACUUCAGCAGCCUCUCAGCCCCACACGGGCAGGCUGGGUUCUGUGUGGGGGGCAGCGCUGCUCGAUCCCUGGGCUGCGGCAGCGAGGAGGGCGGCUGCGGCGGCCGCAGGAGGAGCCUUGGGGAUGAGUCCCUAACGGGGUUUGACAAGUCGGCACCUCUUCCCUGCUGGGGAGGAGACUUUGAGAGCUCUGUCUGGAGCCUGGAUCUGCAGGGGAACCUCAUCGUGGCUGGCCGCAGUAACGGCAAGCUGGAGGUGUGGGAUGCUAUCGAGGGCACCCUGCGCAGCAGUAAUGAGGAAAGUCAGUCUGGCAUCACAGCCCUCGUGUUCCUGAACAACAGGAUCGUUGCUGCUCGGCUGAAUGGCUCCUUGGAUUUCUUCUCGCUGGAAACACACACAUCCUUGAGCCACCUGCAGUUUCGAGGAGCCCCGAGCAGGAGCAGCAUCCCAUCCUCCCCAGUGUUCAGCAGCAGCGAUGUCAUCGUGUGCCAGCUCACCCACACCGUCUCCUGCGCCCACCAGAAACCCAUCACAGCACUGAAGGCUGCAGCAGGACGGCUGGUCACGGGCAGUCAGGACCACACUUUGAGGGUGUUCCGCCUGGAGGAUUCCUGCUGCCUGUUCACACUGCAGGGCCACUCGGGAGCAAUCACUGCUGUGUACAUUGAUCAGACGAUGGUGCUGGCGAGUGGAGGGCAGGAUGGGGCCAUCUGCCUGUGGGAUGUGCUGACGGGCAGCAAGGUGAGCCACAUGUAUGCGCACCGCGGGGACGUCACCUCCCUCACCUGCACCACGUCCUGCGUCAUCAGCAGCGGCCUGGAUGACGUGAUCAGCAUCUGGGACCGCAGCUCGGGGAUCAAACUCUACUCCAUCCAGCAGGAAAUGGGCUGCGGCUCCAGCCUGGGCGUCAUCUCCGACAACCUGCUGGUGACGGGCGGGCAGGGCUGCGUCUCCUUUUGGGACAUCGGCUACGGCGAUCUGCUGCAGACUGUCUACCUGGGGAAGAGCAACGAGUCGCAGCCCGCGCGGCAGAUCCUCGUGCUGGAGAACGCCGCCAUCGUCUGCAACUUCGGCAGCGAGCUCAGCUUGGUCUACGUGCCCUCAGUGCUGGAGAAACUGGACUGAGGAGGGACGGGUGCUGCAGGCCGGGCGGUGAGCGCAGGGUGGAUGCGGCGAUGGGACGGACCUGGAUGUGCAGCUCUGCAGGGCUCUGCUGGCUCUGCUCCGUGUGAACUGCUGUGUCGGCUGCCAGGCUGCAGGCACCGAGCCCUGCGGCCUCCCCGCGUUUCCUGCGCUGCUCCUGGGCUGCAUGGGGUGGUCAGAGGUUGGUGUGCGUGCUGCUGAGGCAGCGUGCUGGAGGCACUGUGCUCCGCUCCAGCACCCUGCAUGGGACAGGAGCUGCAGGGCCGCUGGCUGCAGCAGGAAAUGCAGCUGGGGCGUGUUGAGGUGGUUCCUUGAGGCGGGCAGCUGGUGAGGAGACCGAAUGAAAGCAGUGAGUGUGGAAGCGUGGAGCUGGGGGGCUCAGGUGCCUGCCUUGCUGCAGCAUGGCCAGGGCCCCAUUGCCUGCAGUGCUCCGUGGGGCAGGAGGCCGCUGCACGCAGCGCAGCUCUGUGGCUGUAGGCAGGACGGCUCUGUGCUGAGCGGCUCCACGUGCCUUAGCGCGCAGGCCGGGCCCGGGCAGCCCUGCUGUGUGUGGGUUCUGUGCUGCAGCAGUUCCUGCCCUAUUUAUUUAUAUGCUGUAUAUAUUUAUUUAUUCUGGCAGGAGAGUGUGGGAGCUGCCCCGGGCCCCAUCUGCAGCAGUAGCACCUUCCUCCUCCUUCUCCUUGGACUGGGGGAGAGGGGCCCAGGGCGCACGUUCUGCUCCAAGGGUGCGGGGCCGUUCCCCAGCAGUUCCUAAUGCUCUUUUUGCUCAAGUAAACGACGCUGUUGUCUGUUCCUCAAACCCCACUGAUUGUAGGGGCAGCGCUGCAGCCCGGGAGCAGCUGCAGGGGAGGAGGAGGAGGAGGAGGAGGACAGCCCUAGCCCCGGCCCCGGCGCCCGCCCCGCACCUCGGGUGGCCUUAGCGCUGCUGUACGCUUUGUGCUGUACAGUGGGAGCAUUUUUGUACCGGAUCGUGUUUUAUAUGUGUACAGACACCUCCAUUAAACACAACUAACCCGA